ACAAUGCCACAUCCUCACACCAACCUCUACUCUCCCUCAACCCGACCCAGCUGACCCGAACCCGAACUCCAUGGCCUCCACAGCCAACCCCUUCUCCAUCUCCCUCUCCUCCAAGCCCACCGCCAAACCCUCACUCUUCAACCCGUCGGAGCAGCUCUCUCUUCGCGUUCAAACCCACGGCGUCGGGCCUCUCCGCUCUUCGAAUUGCUCCGUCAAGCUGACCGUAGCGAAAUCCAAGUCCAAGAUAAUGGCGACUUCGGCGCAGGUGGUGGAUCAACCGCCGAGUAAAACGGGCGCGGCGGCUAUGGAGGUGGUGGAGGUCGGUUUGGGUGAUCGGAGCUACCCGAUUUACAUUGGAUCCGGACUCCUAAAUCAACCCGAGCUUCUUCAAAGGCAUGUUCAUGGAAAGAGAGUUCUUGUGGUGACUAACACCAGAGUUGCGCCGUUGUAUUUGGAGAAAGUAGUUGAUGCUUUAACGAAGGAUAACCCAAACGUUACGGUUGAGAGCGUGAUUUUGCCGGAUGGGGAGAAGUACAAGGACAUGGAUACUCUUAUGAAAGUGUUUGACAAGGCCAUUGAGUCAAGACUGGACCGACGAUGUACAUUUGUUGCUCUCGGAGGCGGUGUGGUUGGUGACAUGUGUGGCUAUGCUGCUGCUUCUUUCCUUCGCGGUGUUAAUUUCAUUCAAAUUCCAACAACUGUUAUGGCUCAGGUUGAUUCUUCUGUUGGGGGAAAAACUGGGAUAAACCACCCUCUUGGGAAGAACUUGAUAGGUGCUUUUUACCAACCCCAGUGUGUGCUUAUCGACACAGACACACUUGAUACGUUACCAGAUAGGGAACUGGCAUCAGGACUUGCCGAAGUCAUUAAGUACGGACUUAUUAGAGAUGCAGAAUUCUUUGAGUGGCAGGAGAGGAAUAUGGACGCAUUAAUAGCAAGGGAUCCAAACGCUCUCGCUUAUGCUAUAAAGCGCUCAUGUGAAAACAAGGCCGAGGUUGUGUCCUUGGAUGAGAAGGAAGGUGGAGUGAGGGCGACUCUGAACUUGGGUCAUACAUUUGGCCAUGCAAUAGAAACAGGGGUUGGCUAUGGAAAGUGGUUCCAUGGAGAAGCUGUUGCAGCUGGCAUGAUCAUGGCUGUUGAUAUGUCCUACCGCCUUGGUUGGAUUGAUGAUUCACUUGUGAAGCGAGUUCACAACAUUGUAAAACAGGCCAAUCUACCUACAAGCCCUCCUGAGUCUGUGACCGUUGAGACGUUCAAAGCUGUGAUGGCGGUUGAUAAGAAGGUAGCUGAUGGGUUGCUAAGGCUCAUCCUUCUGAAAGGUCCUUUGGGAAAUUGUGUUUUCACAGGUGACUAUGAUAGAAAGGCCCUGGACGAAACACUCCACGCAUUUUGCAAGUCCUGAUUCGCAUUUGUUUGAUCUUAAUUGUGCCGGUACCAUUAUAUGCAAGUUUUGAACCUCUGUUUUGUAUCUUUGUUGUCAUCCACUCAUCCUGGUGCUCUUUUCUCCCCUAGUUUAGUGCCCUUCACUGGUCUUCCUACAGUUUAUAGCCUUGUAAUUUUUAGAAAUUGUUGAAUGUGAACAAUAAAUCCAAGUAUCUGGAAUCAUGAUCGUAAGUUAUUAAAACUUGAAAUAUUGUGAAUGAAAAUGGUUCGCAGUUGUUUCA